AUGGGCGACCUCUAUGAUUUGAAUGACAUGGAUGUAUUCAACUACAGCUGUCCAGAUUACAACUUCACUUUUCCCGACCUUCCCAACAUCAUGAGACCCGCGAUUCAGCCCAUCCAGAUCGCGGCUCUGACCUUCUAUGCCCUUGUGAUUUUGUUUGGCAUUCCUGUGAAUGCCUUCGUAAUUUGGGCGACCGGUUUCAAAAUGCCGCCAUCAGUCCCAACCAUCUUUGUCCUCAACCUCGCGCUGGCUGACCUUCUGUGUUGCCUCUCACUGCCUCUUCUCAUGAUGCUUUUCACCAACGAUGACCAAUGGCACUUUGGCCCAAUGGCGUGCACGUUGGUCAAAGGGUUCUUCUACCUGGUCAAGUACUGCAGCGUCUUGCAGCUCGUCUUCAUAAGUCUGGAUCGUUGUUUGGUGGUGGCCAAUCCCGUGUGGUGCCACAACAACAGGGGACCCAAGUAUGCUGUCCUGGGUUGUGUUGCGGUGUGGUGUCUGGCCCUGACAGGAAGCAUCCCUCAGUUUGUGUACGCUCAGGAGCUUAUGGUGGGCGAGCACAAGCAUGUGUGUUUGACACUUCACAGUAUUCACAGCGCCCGGCUCAUCAGAACAAUCCGCUUCCUGUUCGAAUUCGUCCUGCCGUUCCUGGUCAUCGUCAUCUGCCACUUGAUGGUCUACAGACGAGCCGGCAGUCAAGUGGAAACCGGCAGGAGUCGCUCCAAACGGAUGCUGAGGGUCAUCAUUGCCGUGGUGCUUAGCUUCUUCCUGUGCUGGCUGCCCUUGCACAUUGUCGAAAUCUUAGUGUUGGUGACCCCUCGGCAUUCCCCUUACCACCCAUCCUUGUACGUGGCCCAUGUUUUGACCCUAUGCCUGUCGUAUUUCAACUGCUGCCUCAACCCGCUGUUUUAUGUGUGUCUUGGACGAAGCUUCAAAGACACCAUGAACCGCUCCCCGUGCAACAUCUUGCACUUCGUGAGGACCAAGCCUAAAAGCACCUCAGAAAAGCAGGUGGCUAAGGUGCGAGGUUGUACACAAUUUGACAUGGGUCAUGAGCAACCAUCCUAA